UUCGAUUUGGUUAUAUCCAUAGACCACAUAGCAUACAAAUGAUGAUGCAUUCUAGAUUGUUUUUAGGCUUGUGGGUGCAGAUUUGCAAAAGGAUAACCAACCCAAGAAUUCUUAUAUCCAACCAACCAAAUUCAACCAAACUAACCAAGUUGAAGGUUGAAGGAAGAGAACAAAAAAAAAUGUCAAAUUAAUAUUUUGAAGUUUACCGGCGUCGUCCAAAAAUUUUAGCAUAUAAGUAAAAAAUGAAGCAGUGUACAUUUGUUUCUACGUUAUUUUUAAUACAUUAUGUUCAAUCACUAGAAAGGGAAAUAACUAUAAACGUAGACCCAGGGAAAGAAGACUGUUUUUUUCAAAAGACCAAAGAAGGAGAUGUUAUAGACUUGGACUAUCAAGUAAUUGAUGGUGGGCAUGGAGACCUGGACAUCACUUUUCAUUUAGUUGAUCCUACUGGUAGAAUUUUGGUAGCUGAUUACAAAAAAUCCGAAAAUACACACCGAGCUGAUGCCUCAGUAACUGGAGAUUACAAGUUCUGUUUUGAUAACACUUUCAGCACCUAUAAUUCAAAGACAGUAUUUUUCGAACUCAUCGUAGAAGGCAAUGAUGAUAAUGAGUGGGGUUCAGAAGAAAACUUGGAUUUUGAAGGUAUUAACUUGGAUCAAAUAUACGAGUUAAAAGUUCAGGAUGUUCAAGAGAUUGUGAAUAGUGUAAGGAACCAUUUAACAAAAGUGCGUCACUUGCAAGAUUUGAUUAAAUCAACAGAGGCUAGAGAUAGGAAUAUUGCCGAAGAAAAUUACUUUAAAGUGAACACUUAUUCCUUUCUACAGUUAUUACUAAUGAUGGCAGUAGGUUUGAUACAGGUUGUUAUGGUGAAGAGUUUAUUUGAUGAACAAUCAAAGGCACAUAAAAUAUGGAAAAACUUAAAUUUGAGAUAGUCAAUAAUUAUUUAUAUUUCAUCAAUAAAUCAGGUACUUAAAUCAGCGAGAACUAAAUUUCAGUGGCUUCCUGAUUUUGUUCAGAACAUAUUUUUGUGUCUGUGCUUUUUUGCAUAGCAUUUUUUAAGACGUACCAAAAAUGUAAUUCUUUUAUUUUUAGUGCUCCUUUUUUUUGCAAUUACUCUUUCUGUAUAUUGUUGUAAAUUAAGCUGUAUUUAAUAAGGUAUUAAACCUGUUGUUUGAUUUAA